AUGUCCGUCACCACCAACACAGCCAACAACCCCCACCUCACCCGCUCCUACGUCCUCAAGAACGCCGCUGAGGCGCAGGACGUGUACGACGCUUGGGCGGCCACCUAUGACUCUGACCUGCGUGACCCGUCCCAGAACUACGUCGGCCCAGCGGCCGUCGCGCGCCUGGUCGCCAAGGCCCUGGGCACGCCCACCAUCAGCCCGGAGCUGCGUCUCCUGGACGCCGGGUGCGGGACGGGGCUGGCGGGCGUCGAGCUGGCGCGGCUCGGGGCCAAGCACAUCGACGGGCGGGACCUGAGCCCCGGGAUGCUCGCCGUGGCCCGGCAGUCCGGGGCGUACGAGGCGCUGCAGACGACGGACCUCAACAAGCCGCUCGAGGUCGAGGACGGCAAGUAUGACGUCGUCGUGUGCGUCGGCACCUUCACGCACACGCACGUGGGGCCCGAGGCGCUGCGCGAGCUCGUCCGCGUCACCAAGCGCGAGGGCGUCGUCGUCGCCACCGUGCUCGACGACAUCUGGGAGAGCCAGGGCUUCAAGGCCGAGGUGGCCGGGCUCGAGGCCGGCGGCAAGGCCAAGGUGCUGAGCGCCGAGUCCGGGGACUACAGGAAGGGUUGCGGGGUGACGGCCACCUUCGUCGUUCUCAGGGUCGUCUGA